CAAACCAAACGUUUGGCUGCCAGCUGCCAUCGUCCUGCUGGCUUGCUCCCUGUUUGUCAUUAUCAGCCUUUUCAAAAGCCACAGACAAGCUUAAACGUGCAAGGAAAAGCAUGGAGCUUGAAGGAAUCUCACAAACACACUGUUCUCAGUGCCCAGCGCCUUCUGCAAAGGUCAGGAGAAAUGUGGAGGUGAGACUCGUGGAGUCCAGGAACAAUAAGAUUGAGCCGGCAGCGUCCGGGCCUGAAGUGUUCCUGCAGCUUUCUUCCUACGCGUGCAAGGACUGUGGACUCUGCAUGGCUCGAGACUGUCAAGAUGAGGGUGAACGCGAGGACGGCGGCGAUCAAUGCCCCUGUGCGGUCGACGUAAGAGGGGAGGACAAGCAGCACGCAAGAGACAAAGCGGCGACUGCUGCCGCGCAGACGCCGAAAACAAAGCCCAAGGCCAGGGCGCAGGUGACGCGCGGGCAGCGGAGUGAUGGCGACGAGGAGGACUCUCUCAGGGACCAAUGCCCUGUGUCGUUAAUACGAGUGACCGGGAGCGUAAGCUGGGCCGACGCCGACCCCAGAGGGAGCGCGUCUCGUCAGGCUACAGCCUCUGACGGAGCCAGUCUGGAUCCCUCAGACCUUUGCAAGCAGCUGCACGAAAUGAAACUACAGACUGAGAGGGAGAGAAGGAAAAACACCAGGGAUGUGCAUCAGCCCUGCAUCCGGGGGCUGCCGGGAAGCAGAGCCCCAGACUGUCCCCUGAGCGGGGCGAGGAGGACCAGGUGCCUCCACACAGCAGGGAUUUUACCACAAGAGCAGAUCCGAGUUAAAGGCUUCAGCGGGACCCCCUUCCGCCUCCCGUAAAGCGAGGAACACGACACCCUGAAACAGGGACCCAGUCUGUUAAAUGGCCCUGAAUCCAUCCUAUUAUUACUGUAGUAAUGUCGGUUCUGUGCAUUUAUUCAGUAAUAAAUACAAGGUAUUUCAGCGGCGUAUUGCACAAGAAGGCAAAUAGAAAUAAAAGUCAUAAAAAAGUUAGAGCUCUAG